CCGGGCCUCGGGCGGAGGGAGGCAGGAGCGGCCGGAGCCCCCGCCGCCGGGGCCAUGACGGUGGAGCAGAACGUGUUGCAGCAGAGCCCCGGGCCCAAGCACCAGCAAACAUUUUUAAAUCAGCUGAGGGAAAUCACUGGGAUCAAUGACAUCCAGAUACUACAGCAAGCCUUGAAGGACAGCAAAGGAAACUUGGAGUUAGCAGUGGCUUUCCUCACGGCAAAGAAUGCCAAGGCCCCUCAGCAGGAGGAGACCACGUAUUACCAAACGGCCCUUCCCAACAACGACAGAUAUAUCAGCGUGGGCAGCCAGGCAGACACCAAUGUGAUAGACCUCACCGGAGACGAUAAAGAUGAUCUUCAGAGGGCAAUUGCCCUGAGUCUGGAGGAGUCGAAUCGCGCGUUCCGAGAGACGGGAAUAACCGACGAGGAGCAAGCCAUCAGCAGAGUUCUCGAAGCCAGCAUCGCGGAAAAUAAAGCGAGUUUGAAGAGGACCCAUCCCGAAGUGUGGAGUGAUUCUCCAAACCCAUAUGACAGGAAGAGGCAAGACAGCUCUCCGGUUGGGCUCAAGAAUGUCGGCAACACCUGCUGGUUCAGCGCUGUUAUUCAGUCGCUCUUUAAUCUUUUGGAAUUUCGAAGACUGGUAUUGAAUUACAACCUUUCAAGUGCUCAAGAUUUACCUCGAAACCAAAAGGAACAUCGGAAUUUGCCGUUUAUGCGGGAACUCCGAUAUCUCUUCGCGCUCCUGGUCGGAUCCAAGAGGAAAUACGUCGAUCCCUCCAGGGCUGUCGAUAUCCUUAAAGAUGCCUUCAAGUCGAAUGACUCACAGCAGCAAGAUGUGAGCGAGUUCACUCACAGGCUAUUGGAUUGGUUGGAAGAUGCCUUCCAAAUCAAAGCUGAAGAGGAGAGGGAUGGAGAGAAGCCAAAGAAUCCAAUGGUCGAAUUGUUUUACGGACGAUUCCUCGCAGUGGGAGUGCUUGAAGGUAAAAAAUUUGAAAACACGGAAAUGUUUGGUCAGUACCCGCUUCAGGUGAAUGGUUUUAAAGAUUUGCAUGAGUGCCUGGAAGCUGCUAUGAUUGAAGGAGAAAUCGAGUCAUUACAUUCGGAGAAUUCAGGGAAGUCCGGCCAGGAGCAUUGGUUCACCGAACUCCCACCUGUAUUAACGUUUGAACUGUCAAGAUUUGAAUUUAAUCAGGCACUGGGAAGACCAGAGAAGAUUCACAACAAAUUAGAAUUUCCUCAAGUUUUAUAUCUAGACAGAUACAUGCACAAAAACAGAGAGAUUACUAGAAUUAAGCGGGAAGAGAUCAAGAGACUCAAAGAGUACCUCACAGUAUUACAGCAGAGACUAGAACGGUACCUAAGCUACGGCUCGGGUCCCAAACGAUUCCCUCUGGUAGAUGUUCUUCAAUACGCUCUGGAAUUUGCCUCCAGUAAACCCGUUUGCACGUCGCCCGUUGAGGACAUCGAUGCCGCAGCCCCAUCUAGUGGCUCACAGACAUCACCAAGCAGCACAACCGAGCAGCAGGGAGCCCCUUCCUCAGAGAUACCAAGCACAUCACCUACCCCACGGUCAGUAAUCCACAAACCGUUCACACAGUCGAGGAUUCCUCCAGACCUGCCCAUGCACCCGGCCCCCAGACACAUCACGGAGGAAGAACUCGCGGUCCUGGAGGGCUGCUUACACCGCUGGAGGACAGAGGUAGAAAAUGACACUAGAGAUUUACAGGAAAGCAUAGCUAGAAUACAUCGGACAAUCGAACUCAUGUACUCGGACAAAUCGAUGAUCCAAUUUCCUUAUCGGUUACAUGCUGUGCUAGUUCAUGAGGGCCAAGCCAACGCCGGACAUUAUUGGGCCUAUAUUUUCGACCACCACCACGAGAGAUGGAUGAAGUAUAAUGAUAUUUCGGUGACAAAAUCAACGUGGGAAGAGUUGGAGAGGGACUCGUUCGGUGGUUACCGAAACGCCAGCGCCUAUUGUUUAAUGUACAUUAACGACAAGGAACAGUUCCUAAUUCAAGAGGAGGUACACAAGGAAACCGGACAGCCCCUGGUGGGAAUGGAAACGUUACCGCCGGACUUGAGAGACUUCGUCAGCGAAGACAACCAGCAGUUUGAACAGGAGCUGUUGGAUUGGGAUGCUCAAUUGGCCCAGAAAGCUCAGCAGGAAAAGCUCUUGGCCUCCCAAACCUUGAGCGACACCAUCCCCAAAGUCGUAGCAGCUCAAGCGGGACAACCGGAGUACUUAGAGCAACCGUCCAGAAGUGACCUCUCCAAGCAGGUGAAGGAAGAGUCUGUCCAAGCCAUCACUAAAGCGGCAGCAUCCGAUCACGAAGAUAAGAGUUCUGAAGCGGUUUUGCAGACGGCUUCUGAGAAAGCCACAAGUCAACCAGAUCCUAACCAGCGAGUUGUAGAGGUGGCCAUUCCUCACAUAGGGACAUUUGUGAUUGAGUCAGAGGAGGGGGGUUAUGAUGAUGAGAUCAUGAUGGCACCCAACAUGCAAGGUAUUAUCAUGGCUAUAGGUAAAUCCAGGAGUGUAUUUGACAGGUGUGGCCCAGAAGCAGGGUUCUUUAAGGCCAUCAAACUGGAGUACGCCCGAUUAGUGAAAUUGGCCCAGGAAGACACCCCUCCGGAGACCGACUACCGCCUGCAUCACGCGAUCGUCUACUUCAUCCAGAACCAGGCCCCCAAGAAGAUCAUCGAGAGGACGCUGCUGGAACAAUUUGCGGACCGCAAUCUGAGCUUUGACGAACGGUGCCGCAGCGUCAUGCAAGUGGCUCAGGCCAAACUUGAAAUGAUCAAACCCGAGGAAGUGAACAUGGAGGAAUAUGAGAAGUGGCACCAGGACUAUAGGAAUUUCCGAGAAACAACCAUGUAUCUCAUGGUAGGGCUGGAAAAAUUUCAGAAAGAGAGUUACAUGGAAGCCCUGCUUUACCUGAUCUGUGCUUAUCAGAACAACAAAGAACUCCUGUCCAAAGGCCUCUACAGGGGACACGACGAAGAGUUGAUAUCACAUUACCGGAGAGAAUGUCUGCUAAAACUCAACGAGCACGCGGCACAGCUGUUUGAAUCCGGCGAGGAUCAAGAAGUGACCAGAGGGCUGAUUAUUAUGAAUGAAUUUAUCGUCCCCUGCCUACCGUUGCUGUUGGUGGAUGAGAUGGAAGAGAAAGACAUAGUGGCCGUGGAAGACAUGAGAAACCGCUGGUGCUCCUAUCUCGGCCAAGAAAUGGAGCCCAACUUGCAAGAGAAGCUGACCGACUUCCUGCCGAAACUCCUGGAUUGUUCGACGGAGAUCAAAGGUUUCCACGAGCCGCCCCAGCUCCCGCCCUAUUCCACCCACGAACUGUGCGAGCGUUUCGCGGGCGUCAUGCUGUCCCUCAGCCGGACCCCGGCCGACGGCAGGUGAACGGGCCUCCUCCGGGGCACGUCCGACGAACCGUUUUUAGUUCCUAACCCACGCCUUCCCGCCACGGGGUUUGCUUGUUGCUGCUAGAGUUUUUACCAUUUUUUUUUUAAACUUUAACACCCGCGAAAGACGGAGCGACUCUACAGACCUCCAGCCGGGCCCCAGACGGUGAGGCCCAGAACCCCCCGGGGCUUGCGCCUCGACGGUCACCGGGACCGAGGGCACGAGACCGGAGCCCGACCGAUCAGUGCCCGGGGAAACGGCCCUUCUGCCACCCGUCUCUUACAGUAUUACAUGGCUUUUUACCUCCCCUUUAAUCCACAGCUUCCCCGUCCGGCCCCGAUCGUUCUCUGACCGCCGCCGUUUUAAGUGCCCGGUGCUUGUGCGAGCCCACGGCACUUGGUAGCUUGUAAAUGAAAUGAAAGAAUAAAGUUUUAUUUAUGGCUAUUUCGGUGCUCGUAAGCAGGUAUAUUGUAUAAUAGUGUACGAUACGGAGACUUUUCGGUGACCUUCUGCGGAUGGGCUACGGGGGGCCGGGGGCUGGGGGGCGGCCCGGGCCUUGGGGAUUUUAACCGGAGAGACGGCGGAGAGAACGCCUGCGUGUCGGCCCUCCGGCGAUAGGUUUCAAGUCUGAACUCGCACCGGACUUCCGUACGGUCCUCACCGGACGGCCGAACUCGAUCUAACGCCGGAACCUCUCCGGGCUGAACCCAGAUCACGUUUCCGCUGACGGCGGCGGCUGGUCUCUUAGGUUAAAACCUCCCCGGCACCUCGUGACCUCUCCGCGGGUCAGCCUGCUAUUCUUUUAAACCAAUAUCACGCUAGGAUUUGAAGAUCCCGUUUUUGAAACGGGCGAACGGCAAGAGGAUUUGAAUAAGGACUUUUUACUGGUGGGACUUGUUUAAAGCAAAGAAGCAUUCACAGAUGACAUAGGUGUUCUAACCACAACCCGUAUAUCACCUGUAAAUUGUACGCCUCUUUAACCGAGACCUGUAAAAUUCCCUAACACAUGCUGUGAAAUCAAUUGGUAUUGCUGUAUCGAUAGAAUUUGCAAAUCUCUCCCACUUCUACUUACUUCCUGUCCUAGAGAGAAAUCUGACGAACACAAUUUUGUAGACGGAAAUCAUGUUGGAUCUUAAUGAAGAAACUUAAUUUUGUGAACAGAAUUCAAUGCCUUAAAGGUAAUCCUGUUUCCAGAACCUAUUUUGAUUCAUAAAUAAUACCUUUAAAGAACACUUAGAGUAAAAUGUAUAAUUGUCUUA